AUGGCGACCUCUUUAAAAUUAUCUGUUUGUUGGCGAUUUGCUCUACCUUGUCUCAUCGGGGAUAAUUUUACACGAACCGGUGGGGCUUUUCUCUUCUAUCAACAAAGGCGCCACAAAAAAAAACGGUCCAAUCGAAUACCUAGUUGGCAAGUGAAACAGAUGGAAUCACAAACCGAAACUGGUUUAACGUUCCAAAACGAGGCAUUUUUAGAAAAAGUAAUUCAUCAUCAGUAUGAGAGUGUCUUGAAAAGUCCUUUGAAGGAAGAACCCUGGGAAAGAGGCAUAUGGACAAAGGAACCAAGAACACUUCGCACUGGAGUUUUGGCUUUAAAACUUGGGAUUAUACCUCAGUGGACAAAAGAUGGGACAAAAAUUUACACUACACUUUUGCAGGUUCUUGACAAUCAUGUAAUCAGCUACAAAUCUCCAAGGGAAGCUGCCAGUCUUGUCUCGAUGCCCCCUUACCAUUCGAACAAAUAUGGAGUGGCUGUUGUUGGUGCUCUUGGUUCAGACCCCCGCCAGUUCACUCCUGAAUACAAUGCACUUUUUGAAAAGACAGGACUUCCACCUAAGAAGAAACUUGGUCGGUUUUAUGUGACACCGAAUGCUGCUAUUCAACCAGGUACUCCAUUGACAUGUAUGCAUUUUCGUGUUGGGGAUUAUGUGGAUGUUCAAGCAAAAACAAUUGACCGAGGUUUCCAGGGAGUUAUUAAGCGAUGGGGAAUGAAAGGUCUCCCUGCAUCUCAUGGUGUCACAAAAGCUCAUCGGCGAAUGGGGAGUAUUGGUGGUCGGCCUAAUCGAGCGGCUUUCAAAAAAGGAAAGAAAAUGCCUGGACAUAUGGGAAACGAUAUUGUCAUGCUGCUUGGCUUAAAGAUCUGGCGGAUUAAUACAAAGUAUAAUAUUUUAUAUGUGAGUGGGCCCAAUGUACCUGGCCCAGUUCAUGGAUUUGUUCGUGUGAUGGACACUGGACUUCACUAUAAAAUGAAUAUAGCUAACCCUCCUCCUAUGCCAACUUGUUAUGCAGAGGACUUGCCUGAGGAAAUUUCCGAGGAUUUAUUUGACGAAGAUCUCUUUCAGUUUUCCUCACCAUCUAUAACAUAUUCUGAAAGUGACAAGUAA